UCCUCUGUAGUUUUGAAGCCUGUCCAUGAACUUGCUCUGUAGAUCAGGCUGGCCUAGAACUCACAGAGAUCCACCUGUCUAUGCCUCCUGAGUGCUGAGAUCAAAGGCAUGUGCUACCACUACCCAGCUAGGAAUGAGAAAUUUAGGUUGAAGAGACAGGAUGUAGGCACCAAGGCCGAUGGUGCUGCCAUGGCAUUUUGAUGUCUACAUUCAGGACAACAUGGAAGUCUGGGAGAAGGAAAUAGUUCAAUUUUGGAUAUGAGGUACAGAAAGAAGAUGUGUUUGUUAUAUUUAGUGAGCAAAUAUGUACUAUCUUGAACUCUAAUAAGUAUCUGGGAUGGGAUGGGCAUUGGUGGCGCACACCUUUAAUCCCAGCACUCAGGAGGCAGAGGCAGGCAGAUCUCUGUGAGUUCAAGGCCAGCCUGGUCUCCAGAGCAAGUGCCAGGAUAGGCUUCAAAGCUACACAGAGACAUCCUGUCUUGAACUCCCCCCCCAAAAAAAAAGUAUCUGGGAUGGAACUGACACAAGGAGCCGCAGCAUAAAUGUGAUAACUGAAGCCUUGGGAGUGUGUGAGAUCCCUAAGGAGGAUGUGAAAGUCUGAGGAAAUCAGGCUUGUGACAGAAUUUUGGGGAUAUGAUUAAGAGACAAAGAGAUGGAGGGGUUGGGAGAAUGUGGGUUAACGGUAGAGUGCUGGCCUAGCAUACAGAAGGCCCUGGACUUAAUCAGCAGUGAAAACAGAACAACACUGAAGGGUGGGAAAUGAUGAUGGUAGAAAACAAGAAUAUUGCCGAUUAUGCAAAACAAGAAUGCAGCUCAAGACUGAAUUCUUAGAAUAUGCUUCAAUACCUUGCAGUCUGUAUACACAUGUCUCUCAUGCUGGACCCUAGUGUAUUCUGCACAUGGUACAUAGUAAAAUAAAGGGACCACAGGGGUGCUCACCAAAUUGCAUAAAGUGCCUUUUCUAGUGAAUAAGUUCUAAACUGUACUUAUUUCAAGCUUUGUGGCCGAUGAUAAAAGGGGUAUGGAACUUGGGACCUUGGAAGUUCUGUAACUAAGACAUGGAAGUAACAACAGCUAGUCAAGACAAAAAGAAUGUUCCUUUCUUUCCCCUUCCAAGUUCUUAGUGAAGGGCCAAGCCCAGGAUCCCAGACUUGUGUGACUAGGUAAACUUUAGGAGACUAACUCCACUUUGGUACCUUCCCUUCAGUGGCGCAAGGUGGCUUCUCAGCAGACAGGCUUCUAAGUAGCAAAGCUCCCCACUACGCAAGCCUAACAUAAUGGGAAAGGGAGACACCUUGGAAACAGCAUCACUUACCCCAGCCUAUCGCUCUGUCAUGGAGGAGUAUGGUUAUGAGGUGGGCAAGAUCAUUGGUCAUGGCUCCUAUGGAACCGUGUAUGAGGCUUACUACACAAAGCAGAAGGUCAUGGUGGCUGUCAAGAUCAUCUCAAAGAAGAAGGCCUCUGAUGACUAUCUUAACAAGUUCCUACCGCGUGAGAUACAGGUAAUGAAAGUCUUACGGCACAAGUACCUCAUCAACUUCUAUCAGGCCAUUGAGACCACAUCAAGAGUUUACAUCAUUCUGGAGUUGGCUCAGGGCGGUGAUGUCCUCGAGUGGAUCCAGCGAUAUGGAGCCUGCUCCGAGACCCUUGCUGGCAAGUGGUUCUCCCAGAUGGCCUUGGGCAUCGCCUACCUGCACAGCAAGGGCAUUGUGCACCGCCUGACCCCCAGCCUUUCUGCUGCUGGUAGGGACUUAAAGUUGGAGAACCUGUUGCUGGACAAGCGGGAGAACGUGAAGAUAUCGGACUUUGGCUUCUCCAAGAUGGUGAUGGUGCCUUCUAACCAGCCUGUGCGUAGUAGCCCUUCUUACCUUCAAAUGAGCGGCCUUUCCCACCUCAGCCAGACCUACUGUGGCAGCUUUGCUUAUGCCUGCCCAGAAAUCUUGCUGGGCUUGCCCUACAACCCCUUCCUGUCUGACACCUGGAGCAUGGGCGUCAUCCUCUACACUCUAGUGGUCGCACAUCUGCCCUUCGAUGACACCAACCUCAAGAAGCUGCUGAGAGAGACCCAGAAGGAGGUCAUGUUCCCAACUAACCUCAGUGUCUCCCUGGAGUGCAAGAACCUGAUCUUCCAGAUGCUACGCCAAGCUGCCAAGCGUGCCAACAUCCUGGAUGUCCUCAAGGACCCCUGGAUGCUCAAGUUCCAGUCUGAGCAACCCACGAAUGAAAUCAGGAUGCUCGAGGCCAUGUGUCAGCCCACCACCAGCACCACUAAUCGUCACAAAUCCUUGGAAGUCACAGUUUGAAAAUGGCUGAGGUCGGGGGCAAAGGAGAAAAGCAGGAGGGUCUGAGGAAAAUCUUUUAUAUAAAAAUAAAUCUAAUUAGUUUCAUCAUG